AUGGCACAACUAACACCUAUACGAGGAUUCACUAAUACUCCAACGACAAAAACUAUAUGUAUAUUAUCUACUAUAAUCCCACUAACGUUGUCCAUACUAUCACUCAAAUAUGUUGUUAAAUUUGCCAUUGAUCCUUAUAUUAUUGAAUAUAAUCAGUUUUGGAGAUUAUUUGUUUAUCAAUUAUCUGUGAUUAAUGAAUCUGAUUAUUUAAUUAGUGUUUUAUUAUGGUUUCAAUAUAAAGUGUUGGAAAGAUAUUAUGGAUCAAGGAAAUAUUUAAGUAUUAUUACCUUAUUUUAUAUUUAUAAUUCUAUUGUAUGUUUAUUCAUUAUGAGUUUAGGACAAUUGGUGAUUUAUUAUCUUAUAUUUAGUAUUAAAGUAUUUAUAUUUGGUUCAAAUCCUGAAGAUAUUCAUUAUCAAUUGACAUUUUUAAAUGAAAUAACACCUGGUGCCUUGGGGGUUAUAUCUUCGUUGUAUGUUUGUUUUAAUACAAACAUUCCAGUAUCAUAUUAUUUCAAAAUAUUAUUAAAAAAACCUAAAGAUGGUAAUGAAUUGGAAGAAUCAUCAUCUCCAAGUAAGGAAUUGAGUUUAUCUAAUUUGUUUCCUGUUCAUAUAUUAUACACACUUUUGUUAUUGAAUAAUGGAUUACAAUCAAUCAUACCAUGUUCUGUUGGAUUGUUAAUUGGGAAGUUGUAUGUUUAUGAAUUACUUCCUGGUGGAUCAUCAUGGUUAAUACCUAAUUUUAUAUUUCAAUUAGUUAUCAAUCCAAAUAGAAAGUUCAAAGCUUGGAUUUAUUUACUCAAGAGAAGAUUUUCAAGAUAUCAAAGAUUAAACGAAGAUCAAGAGAAUGAUGUAUCAAAUUCAUCAAAUAAUCAACAUUCAACGGCAGGUGAGUCAGUACUUGAUGAAUCUCAAUUAAAUGAAGAACCCGAUGAUAAUGACGAAAUUUUAGAUGAAGCAAGACAACAAGAAAGUCAAAUUAGAGCUGAAACUCCUGUACGUCCAUUAGGUAGUCAAUUUCUUGAUACUUUCAGAUCAUAA